AUGUUACCAGUGGACAGCAGACUUCUAAACUUACAAAUCUACAGACUUCUGCAGUGUGUUCACCAAAAAGACAAGAAGCAAAUAGAAAAGCUGGUCCAGCAUGGACUCCCAAAUCUCAUUAAUUCCACAGAGCCUAUGGAAGGAUAUAGUGCCCUUCAUUUGGCCUGCAUGAAGAAUGACAUUGACAUGUGCAGCUUCUUGCUGGAGCUGGGAGCUCACCCAGAUGUCCAAGAUAAAAUGGGACGUACUCCAGCAAUGAAGGCAGCUGAACUAGGCCAUGAGUUGAUUUUGGAAUUACUAGCAAAUGCUAAAGCAGACAUGACUGCUGUGGAUAAUGAAGGGAAAGGCAUUUUGUUUUACUGCAUUUUACCUACAAAGCGGCACCACCUCUGUGCAAAGAUUGCCUUGGAUUAUGGUGCAGAUGUUAACAACUGUACUACUGUUGAGAAGCCUUUACUUGUACAAGCCUGUGAGCAAGCUAAUGGUAUUGAAGAAAUAUGUCUGAAUUUUUUGAAAAGAGGAGCAAAUCCCAGUGCGAGAAACCCAGCUACGGGUCGCACAGCCUUAAUGGAAGCUGCAAGAGAAGGUGUUCUGGAGGUGGUGCGGGGUCUACUUGAGAGAGGAGCUGAUGUUAAUUUAUUUGACUUUGAAAGACACAGUGCUGCACAUUUCGCAGCCAAAGGUGGCUUUUUUGAGGUUUUGAGGAUUAUUUCAUCUUAUAAUGGAGACUUGGGCCUGAUUGCUAUGAAUGGUAACACACCGCUUCAUUACGCUGCAGAGGGAGGAUUUACAGAUUGCUGCAAGUUUAUAGGACAAAGAGGCUGUGAUCCUACGUGGAAAAACCUGCUAACAAAAACUCCGAGAGCCGUUGCCAAGGAAGGCGGCUUUAAAGCAGCAGUAAGAGAACUGCGUAAAAUUGAAAACACUUUUAAAAAACAGUCCAAACCUGAUGCUGAGGAGCAAAACCCCCGUUGGGCACUGAGGCUCUACGACUGGUCUUUGGAGCACCAGGCUGCCCUCCUCAAGGAGUUUGAGGCUGUCGACCAAGGAGACGGGACUGUUGCUACAGAUGAUUUUAUAUCAGUUAUUCAGAAGCACUGUGCCUUUGUGGAUGAGGAACAAAUAAAAAGCAUUGCUGAAGUGCAUGAAGUACCUGACACUGAGGGAAUCAAGAUAGAAGAAUUCUUUAAAGGCUCUAAAUACUUGCAGAAAAACUGUCUUAUAACGUCCUUUGGACCCAAAAAGAAAAAGGGGAAGAAAGGCAAGAAACGAAGAGGCAAAAAAGGCAUCCCUAUCCCCGUGCCUAUUUGUGUUAUUCCAGAGGAUUCAUUUCCACGUGGGGAAGAUGGCUUACCAGUGUAUAUGAUUGAAGUUUUUCAGAACAAUGCUGAUACCUACUUAUGUAACCGAGACCACCCAUCUGCCCACCCUGUGCAUGAUGAUCGUGCCUGGUAUAUAGACGAGCCAAGGAAAAUGUACAUGAAUAUUAACUACCUUGUCAAAGCAGGAGACAUUCUGUCUCUGCAGAAAGCAUUUGAGGAGGGUGUGCCAAUAGACAUAAAAGAUAAAUACUACAAAACACCUUUGAUGUCUGCAUGUGGUAGUGGGAACAUAGAUGUUGUGCAGUAUCUUCUGGAAAAAGGAGCUGAUGUAAAUGCAACAGACAAUUUCCUGUGGACUCCCCUCCAUCAUGCUUGCUACAAUGGGCACCUGGAUAUUGCUGAACUGCUGGUGAAGGCUGGAGCAGCAGUGGAUGCACCUGCAAUAGGCAAUACAACCCCACUAAUGAGAGCCAUUGAGCUCUGCAGGUUGGAUAUGGUCUAUUUUUUCAUCAGUGUGGGUGCUGACAUCCAGAUGACAAACAGCAAUGGAAAGAAUGCUCUUGAUAUUGCGAAAGCAUUUGCAGAUUCUAGAAUAAUUGAUCUGCUCCAGAAGGAAGUAGAAAAUUUGCCAGAAGUACCAGAAAAAAAAGAAGGCAAGAGAGAAGCUGAGAAGUCACCUUCUACACCGGUGCCUGUAGAGACACAAGCUGAGAAACCUUCACAGAUAUCUUGGCCACUUGUAGAAAAAUCCAGACAUGAAGAGGCACCACAUUCUUUUAAGGAUAGUGUUACUUAUCUGAGCUCUUUGAUAACCAGUGGUGCUACUAAAGGAGAAGACAUCACGUUCAAACCCAGAAUAAUUUGGACCCCUGAAGCUGCAACUCAGGAGCUAGUAAGAAAGCAAGAAUUGCUCCGUGAUCGCUUUGCUCUUGGUGGCCAUUCAGAAGGCUCCACAACCGUCUUUGAUAGAACAUUUACGGAACAAACCUGCUAGUUGGAAGA